AUGCCUAUCCGUGCGCUGUGCACCAUCUGCUCCGACUUCUUCGACCACUCCCGCGACGUGGCCGCUAUCCAUUGCGGUCACACCUUUCAUCUGCACUGCCUGAUUCAGUGGUUCGAGACAGCACCAAGUCGGACUUGUCCACAAUGCCGAAUCCAGGUUGGCAAAAGAACAAUUAUCAAUAAGCUCUUCUUUGACCUUGCCCAGGAGGAGGAGAAUGUCUUGGAUGCAGAAUUUUUAAAGAAUGAACUGGACAAUAUCAGAGCCCAGCUUUCUCAGAAAGAAAAGGAGAAGCGAGACACCCAGGCUAUCAUUGACACUCUGCGGGACUCUCUGGAAGAGCGCAACGCCACUGUAGAGUCUCUACAGCAGUCCUUAGACAAGGCUGAGAUGCUGUGCUCCACCCUCAAGAAGCAGAUGAAGUACCUGGAGCAGCAGCAGGAUGAGACCAAACAAGCACGGGAGGAGGCCCGCCGACUCAGGAGCAAGAUGAAGACCAUGGAACGAAUUGAGCUUCUACUCCAGAGCCAGCGGCCCGAGGUGGAGGAGAUGAUCCGAGACAUGGGUGUAGGACAAUCAGCGGUGGAGCAGUUGGCUGUGUACUGCGUGUCCCUCAAGAAAGAGUACGAGAACCUAAAAGAGGCACGGAAGGCUUCAGGAGAGCUGGCUGAGAAGCUGAGGAAGGACUUAUUUUCUUCCAGAAGCAAGUUGCAGUCAGUCUACUGCGAACUGGACCAGGCCAAGUUAGAGCUGAAGUCAGCCCAGAAGGACUUACAUAGCGCCGACAAAGAAAUUACAAGCCUGAAAAAGAAGCUAACAAUGUUGCAGGAAACCCUGAAUCUGCCACCAGUGGACAGUGAGACUGUUAAUCGCCUGGUCUUAGAAAGUCCAGCUCCUGUGGAGAUGUUAAACCUGAAGCUUCGCCGGCCAGCCUUCAGCGAUGACAUUGACCUCAAUGCCACCUUUGAUGUGGAGACCCCACCAGCCCGGUCCUCUGGUUCCCAGCAUGGACUUGCUAAGAAGCUCUGUUUGGAGAAGGCACGCUUUUCUGUUGAGGACAUCCCCAAGAAGAUGCCUAAAGGCCCUAAGCAGGAUUGCCAGCUCUCACUGGGUGGCCAGCGCUGUACAGGAGACAUAGAUGAGGAACUGGCUGGUGCUUUCCCUGUCUUCAUCCGGAAUGCCAUCCUGGGCCACAAACAGCCCAAGAAGACCAGGACAGAGUCCUAUUGCAGAACAGAUGCAGUAAGGACAGGAUUCGAUGGACUCGGAGGCAGGACAAAGUUCAUUCAACCUACUGACUCAACUGUGAUCCACCCGCUGCCUGUAAAGACCAAGACCAAGACUAAGACUAAGCAAAGAAUGGGGGUGAGAACACUACCCUCUUCCUCCCAGGCCAAGCUGGACACCUUCCUGAGGUAG